AUGGGCGAAACGUACACUGUAUCGGUCGACGAUGCGAGCUCGAUCAUCCACUACCAUCCUCAAGGAGAUGGAGGUGUCGGUAACUGGACACAAACUGGGUGGCAGCCGUACUACUCGGGGGUUGGAGGGUUUUCUACUGAAGGUGGUGAGGCUGCGUCGGGCAGCUCGAUGCAUAUCACUACCUUCCCGAAUGCGAGCCUCGACUUUCAGUUUUACGGGUCGGCCGUCUCGCUGUUUGGCACUGCAAACUGCUCCUACAUCGUUUCGGUCGAUGGAAACUCCACCUCCUUCACGCCUACGCAUAGCCGAAAUAGUCCUCUAUACGUCCAGGACAGCCUUUCACAAGACGUGCACAACGUGUCCUUGAUAGCCAACGCCUCGCACAACAGUAGCUUCGCAUUCUCGGGGGCAGCCUUGACCAAAACGAUCACGGCCGGGGCCAGUCUGCCCACCCCUCACGUUUAUCAAGCCACAAACACGUCGUUGAUUCUAUAUGACGGCAACUGGACCAUGCUCAAAGAUCCCCUCAUCCCGAACAGCCAACACCCAGCCCCUUACUACAUCACCACCGACCCGUCUGCGUCGCUUUCCUUCUCGUUUCAAGGCGUGGGCGUCGCAAUCAACGGCUCCCGAAUCUGGGGUAGCUACCUGUACAACGUGUCCCUUGAUGGCCAAACCGAGACGUACAAUGCAAGCACGAUGUGGUUCAUCGGAGACGCGCUCCUCUACUAUCGGGACGGCCUAGAUCCACACGAGGUCCACACUGUCAAUGUGACACCGACGCUUGCCGCGGGCGGUUUUCUCAAAUUCUGGCUCAACACCGUCACCGUGUUCACGGACGACCCGUCGGAGGUCGCUGGUCUGCUUCGCGCGCCAACUUCAAGCACAAGAAAGUCGGCGCUGGCCGCUGGAACCAUCGCGGGGUCCGUGAUCGGUGGCAUCGUGUUCUUCGUGCUCGCUGCGGCGAUUCUGUGGUCUUUCAUUCGUCGCAAGCGCGAGAGGCUGGCGGUGUUCGAGCGAGACGAGCCCUCCCCCUUCCUCGCCAGGGCCCCUGUCGCUCCAUCCAGACCCACCGCUCUUCGCGACACAAAACUGCCGAUCGCGACCCCCCACAGCGGCGACGUCAAGCGUCGCCCCGCUACGAUUCCAGAUGUCGUCACCGUCACCGUCUCUCAUCCCGAAUCUGGGCCAACGCCGUGCUCGUCCUCCGAAUUUCUCCAGGCCCCUCCACAGGCAGACACUGGGCCAGGAGACGCGUCCGGCGCGAGCCUCGUGCCCACUCGGGCGACGACCUCGCACUCGGGCACUCCGCCGAUAGGUACCGCGGCUGCGGACCCCAACGUUGCGGUGGAGCGGAUCAUCCAGCUCCUGGCGGAACGCAUGGCCACCGAACCUGCACGACAGACUGCGCACGACGUUGGCGAUGCGCCUCCAGAGUACGGUGCGUGA